AUGUUAGGAACAAAAUAUUUUGCUAUAUCCAAACGAAUCUUAACAUUAAAAUCAUUUAAACCCUUAACACUUGGUGGUACAACUAUUAUUACUUUACGUUAUAAUUCGACUAAACCAAGUACUACCACCACCAAUUCUAAUGCUAAUUCAUCUAGGCUAAAACCGUCAUCAUUUGCCUUCCCAUCGUCUCCAACUUCUCAACAAUCAUCAUCUACAACUACUUCAACCAAUGAUUCCAUAACAUCAUCACAACAACAAGAAGAUAUUAAUGAUUUCAGAGCAACAAAAUUAAUUCAUGGAAAAACAAAUUUAUCAUUUGCAAUAACUGAAAGAGCUAGUAAGAAAUUAAAUGAAAUUUCUCAACAAGAUAAUCAAGAUUCAGGAUUAUUAAUACAAGUAGAAAGUGGAGGAUGUCAUGGAUUUCAAUAUAAUUUGAAAUUAACCAAUAUUGAUAAAGAAUUACAACAACAACAAGACGGCGAUGCUAAUGAUUUGGUUGUGUUUGAAAGAGAUCAAGGAGGGAAAGUGAUUAUGAAUGAAUCAUCAUUAAUGAUUUUACAAGAUUCAAAAUUGGAUUAUACUAAAGAAUUAAUUGGUAGUCAAUUUAAAAUUGUUGAUAGUCCUUAUACUAGUUCUGCUUGUGGUUGUGGAAGUUCAUUUGAUUUUGAUUUUGAUAAAUUGCUGCAAAAGGAAGGAUAA